UACGUGCAAAUUGUCGCGAGACUAGUGAUAGUGACAACAGCGCAACACGAGCUGAUAUAGACUAAAGUAACGAGCUACGAUGUGACAAUGUAUAUAAAUUUAUGUCAGAUAACAAAAUAUGGGUGUACCACAUCUGCUUGAUUGUUAGACUUAUGUAUUUUCUCUCACGCAGUACGACUGCGUUUGGUAAAGUGCUUUGUUGACAUUAGGUGCAUCGAAAAAAUGGCGGAUCGCCUGACCCAAUUGCAAGACACGAUAAAUCAACAAGCUGAACACUUCUGCAACAGUGUUGGGAUCUUGCAACAAUAUUCUAUGCCGACUAAAUUCCCUGGAUUUGACAGAAUUGGAACACCACAGCCUCAUCAGACACAGGAAGAAUAUGCGACUCUAUUUGCUACGCUGAUCGCCCGAUGCGCCAAAGACAUUGACACAUUGAUAGAAAGCCUUCCAAGUGAAGAUUCUUCUCAGGAACUUCAAGUAGCUAGUCUGAGCAGGCUUGAACAAGAAAAUCAAGAUGCUGCGGAACAGCUGGAAGAAACUGUCAGACAGGGUGAGGCGUUGCUUCAAAGAAUUCAAGCAGCCCUCCAAGACAUUGCGCAAAGCCAGCUGGACAUGCAAAAUCCUGCUGCUCCAACAAUAAUCAAUACAAAUUUAAAUCCACAUAUUAAUUUUAAACAAGAAAACUUUGGGAAUAUCAAUACAAUUCCUUCAAGUAAUUCACAUCAACCACCAGAUCCAUCGCCGAACUCUAUGAGCCAGUGAUACGGAUUUUGUUCGAUAUACAUUUAAGAAACCUUAGCCACUAUCAAAUAAAGAUUUUUCUAAAUGC